CUGUCAGAAUUUUGUGCAACAUGAAGCUGUUAUUACGCAUAUUUAAAUAGAAAGCUUAUUUAUAGAAAGCCUUGCAGGACUAAUGAAAUAAUAUGGGCUGAGGAAGGUUCAAAAUAUCAGCUAAACAUUUUUAUUUAUUUUUUUUACAUUGCUUUAACUCAUUAAAAAUAAGUUGAGAUGACUUUUAAGGUCAUUGUAACCUACUUAAUUUAAGGCAGACAUUUUCUUUUUCUUCUUUUAGUCACUAAAUCACGGAUUUGAAUGGGAAAGUCUGUCACGAUAAUUCGCUCUAUCUUAAUUAGUGCAAUCAUUGUUAUAAAUCCAUAACCAGUCAACCGAUUAGACCAAAUGUGUGGGAAUUCUUUUGAUGGCCUUGUCUCGAUUUUUAAUUAAAGCGGUGUUGUGCAAGUGUGUUGCUCCUCCAUGCACAGAGUUGACGUGAUGACUAAUCAUCCUCAUCGAUCGGAAUGUUCAGGUGUUCCGCGAGUCCGCGCAUGCGCUCUGCCUGUCCUGCGCAUCCAGGUGUACUGAACGGCAGGCGCGCGCGUGAUGCGAGCAUUCUCUGCUUCACUGCGGGACUGAACAGCGAGGAAAGCAGAUGUCGAUGCUGGAGAGGCUGGACUGGCGGCAGGAAAGACAUGAUGUUAGCAGCAACGGGAACUCCCGAUUACCUCACAUCCCAGCGGUGAGCCAGCACCUCUACAGCCCGCCACCGUCCCUCUCACACACAGCCAGCUCGGACUUCCAGCCCCCGUACUUCCCCCCGCCGUACCAGCCUCUGCCGUACUCGCAGUCCGGCGACCCGUACUCUCACCUCGACCCGUUCAACAUCAACUCUCUGCACCAGACCGCAGCCUCCAACCAGCAGCAGUCGUGGCCGGGCCGGCAGGGUCAAGAGCCCAUCGGGAGCCACGGGCGCGUGGGACUCGGGAGCCCCAUCAUGGGCCUGGACGGGGGCUCGUCCGGGAUGAGGCGGGACGGCUUCAGGAGGCCCGAUCUGCUGCCCCCACACAUACACGGAAUCGACUCCAUAGGUGAUAACAUCGGAUUGCACGACAUAGGUCACGGAAUGGAUGAUGUUCAGCACGAAGGUGAUCACAGUAGUGUAAUUCCUGAUCACACGGUCAUCAAAAAAGGUCCGGUGUCCCUGCCGAAGGGAAAUGCGUUUGGAAUUCCCUUUCAGAAAGAGUCUCUGCUGGGAAUGGUGUCGAACCCCACCGAGGUCUUCUGCUCCGUCCCCGGACGCCUCUCUCUUCUCAGCUCCACUUCCAAGUACAAAGUAACCGUGGCCGAGGUUCAGAGACGCUUGUCUCCACCGGAGUGUCUGAACGCAUCUCUGCUCGGAGGGGUUUUACGCAGGGCAAAGUCAAAGAACGGCGGCCGAUCCCUGAGGGAGAAACUGGAUAAAAUUGGGUUGAACUUGCCAGCGGGUCGCAGAAAGGCUGCUAACGUCACCUUGCUAACCGCCCUGGUGGAAGGUGAGGCCGUACACCUGGCGAGGGAUUUUGGGUACGUCUGUGAGACAGAGUUUCCCGCGAAGGCCAUCGCCGAAUACCUUGGCCGACCGCACGUGGAGCGCAAUGAGAUCAGCUCUCGCAAAACCAUGCUCUUGGCAGCCAAGCAAAUCUGCAAGGAGUUCACCGACCUGCUGACUCAGGACCGAUCUCCCCUGGGAAACUCUAGGCCAGCUCCCAUUCUGGAGCCAGGGAUUCAAAGCUGCCUGACUCACUUCAGCCUCAUCACCCACGGCUUCGGCUCUCCGGCCAUCUGCGCGGCCAUGACCUCGCUGCAGAACUACCUCAACGAGGCGCUCAAACAGGUGGACAAAAUGUACAUGGGCUCGAGCGGGGACUCCUCGCAGGCCUCGUCCGAUGGCACCAACAAAGUAGAUAAGAUGGACAAGCACAGAAAGUGAGCUGAAUCGAAACAAUUUGGACGCAAUAACCGUUUUUGUAGCGGUUUUUACGUCGUCGUUGUCGUUGUAGUUGUUUCCGUUCUGCUUUGUUUUUCCGACAAGGUCCACGUCUUGGUCUUCCGGCACUUUCUCCUCCACAGACACAACACACAUUUCAAUGCUCAGCCUUAGUCGAGAGAGUCGGGUCAUCGUCAUCGUCAUCGGGAAGUUGUCUCCCAGAGGGGAACUGCAAAGAGGAAGUUGUUGAGACACCAUUUCAAGAGUUAUUGUGGAUUUUAACAAUCGCUAUCGAUCUGGGAGGAGGAAGUUUCGUUUCUCUGUGUCCUCCUCCUUGGUGCUGACCUCCUUAUGGACUUACCAAUGAUGUGUGACAUUAUAACUUGCUUCAUUGGACGCAGUGUUAUUGUUCUUCUGUUUGUGGGAGUGACAGUUUUGUGUGCAUGGAUAUAUAUAUGAUAUGAUUCCUAAACAACCCUUUUAUUACGCUAGAAAUUUGGCUUAAAUUGAACAACCGAGAGCAAUUGUUGGAGUUUUGAUUAAGUUAGAAUGAUCAAAUAUCAUACGUGUGUGUGUGCGUGCGCAUGUUCAGUUUUGCGUCUUUUCGAUGCAUCUUUACGUCAGACUAGAAGUUACGUUUUCCAUUCGUCUUUCCCCAAAUGUAAAUAUUUUCUAAUUUAUGUUGUAAUUUAAUGGGAUUUGUAAAUAUUGGUACAAUUAUGGUGUUUGGUUCCACUUUUUUUUUUUUUUUAAAGAUGUGUUAAGCUUUUAUAAAGGGGUUUGUUUUUUUAUCAUAUAGGCUAGUGGUUAGGCUCUGGGAUCGAUAUUCUUUAUAAAUAUGUGUAAUAUUGGUUUGAAGCUGUAGGAAUAAAAACUCAACACUCUUGAAUCGCA